CAAAGCUUGACGUUGAAUCAGUCGUAAUCUUCGUGUUUCCGCCAUGGAUAUGGAUUUCCGCAAGAAAAACUACGAAGAUGACGAAGAAUCAUCCGGUAGAUCCAUACCCUUUGAGGAUGAUUCCAACACCACGUUACAAACCCCAGCGGAGAAGGAAAGACAACGUAGAAAGACGCUGAAGAAUAUCAAAAAGAAAAAAAUGAAGGAAGAAGGAAUCGUACCAUCAGGGGAAGACAGGAGGUCUCUCAAUGUAUCCAUAGAUGACAGAUCCAGGGAGAGUGUAUUAAGCCAAAAAUUAACCUUCCUCAAGAGACAUAAGACACCGGUGAAGAAGAGGAUGUCAGCCAAGCUGAGGAACAUCAUGGAACCCAAGAGCAAAGAGAAAUCUAAAGAUAAAUAUUUUUCCCAAGCACCAGGUGUUAACUCGGAGAAUCUCAGAGACCUGCACGCUGAACCUUCACCGUUUCUGUAUCCGAAAGACCUGGAAGAGUUCGCCCAGAAGGUGUUAAACAAGGCUUGGAGGAACAACUUGAGGACCACGGAGCUAACCAGGAAAUUCUACGAAAGGAACAAUUACCGCACUAGGCAGCAAGGGGAUCUCCUCAAGAGACUUUAUACAGAAGAUCCAGACGUCAGUAACUUGAAAUAUAUCGUUGAUAUUGACCCUGACUUUUUCAAAAUAGCUGAUGGAAGGCCCAUUCCUGACAAGCUCAAUAUGAGGGACUAUAUAGAUACUGUGAGAGAUGUCUUGAGGACCAAGAUCAUCAAUGGGUAUCGCGAAGAUGAUAUACUGCUGAUCGAGGAAUCUCUAAGGUUGGAACAGAAGAUGAUUGAUGAAAUCAAGGAGAAUUACCAAACUUACGUUAAUACCUUCGAAGAAUUCUUAUACAACGACCACACUUACUCCAUGAAACUGCUACGUCAAUCUGAGCAAGAAGCCGUCUUAGCUUACGAAAAAUACGAGGAAUACAAGGAACUGAGCAAGGAAUAUGGAGCCUUAAGAUCAAUUCUUUACAACUCAGAAGAGAAGUGGCGAAACUGCAAGAUGUACCAGAAGUUCUUGUACUUAGUGAGCCCGUUGUCGUGGAGGAAACAACACGAUUUCUACCACUUCAAGAGCCCCGAUGAACCGAUUGAAGGGCCAGAGGGAUCGGCUGCGAUUUUUGGCAAGUACCGGCUUGGCGAUAAGGAGGCUGAAAUAUCUCUGGAGGAUCUCAUCGGGCAAUUUCUGGACGACUGUGCCACCCAGAGGGAACCGGAGCUCUAUUUCGAGGAUCCGGAGCAACUAUUGGACGUUUUCAGGUUUAUGGAGCUGCAGAAUCUGAAUUCCUUGCUGCAUUCCGAAGAACUGGCUGCUCCUCUGGAGGCUGUGAAGGCUGGCAUGCAGAAGGCUGAGAGGAUGUUCGACAUAGAGAUCCAGAGUUUGAAGGAGGCCAUCGAUAAAUUGGCUGGCGGUAUAGCGUGGGAGGAAGAAAGGGCAAAAUACCUGGAAGAACUGGCGAUGGAGCUCGUCAAUGGCGAGUUCAGAAAACUGGUGGUGGAUGAUGAUAUCCUCAAUCUCCAUGUCUUUGUCGAAGACGUGUACGAAGCGCGUAUAGGACCUAACGAUGCAAAUCUGUCUGUCACGGAUAUGAUGAGAGGAAUAGAGAUAAAGUAUCGAAACGAGCUGUUGCAGCUAGACAAGAUGCCGUCAGAGCAGGUCACCAAACUGGAAGCUAGUUGUUAUGCAGAAGAAGCGCGCAUUUUGAGGAUUGCUGAAAAAGCUUCGAGGAAGAUAAUGGAAUUAGAACGAUUGACCUACAGAUUGCUCAAAGCCUUCACGCCUCCCGAGGCUAGGACUUCUAGGGAACUCAAAUGGAGAUCUCCACCUCCAAAUCCUCCAAAACCCCCGCCGAAGAUAGUGCGCGAGCUGACGGAAUCAGAGCAGGAUUACUUGAAAUUCUUCACGGAAUUUUGCGCAGACAAAGAUGAUCCCCUCAAAUAUGGUAUCGAUAUAAACCAGCCCCCGGCUAAGGAAAAGAAAGAAUCUCACGAAGAGGGAGAAGAGGAAGAAGAGGAGGAAGAGGAGGAAAAGGAUACGGAUGCUGGUGAUGAAAACGCCGAUGAAGAGCAUUAAAAACAGAUGCUGUAUUUAUACGAUUUUUUGUGGAAACAAAAUAUAUUCAGCUCUAUAUCGAACAAUUUUGUUAUCUUCACUAUUUGAAGUUUUAUUUGUAAACGAUAUUUAAUAAACUGCAUUCAAGCAUC